UCCAAACUGGAGAACCGGGAAUACCGGGAUGCUCAGGAAUUCGCGGCCGACGUGCGGUUGAUGUUCUCCAACUGCUACAAGUACAACCCCGCCGACCACGAGGUGGUGGCCAUGGCGCGGAAACUGCAGGACGUGUUCGAGAUGCGCUUCGCCAAAAUGCCGGACGAACCGGAAGAGCCGGUGAUCCCGGCUUCUUCUCCCGCAGUGGUGCCGCCUCCCACCAAGGUGGCUCCCCCUUCGUCGAGCGACAGCAGCAGCGACAGCUCCUCUGACAGCGACAGCUCCUCGGACGACUCAGAGGAGGAGCGCGCGCAGCGGUUGGCUGAGCUGCAGGAGCAGCUGAAAGCGGUGCACGAACAGCUUGCGGCCCUGUCCCAACCCCAGCAGAACAAACCAAAGAAAAAAGAAAAAGACAAAAAAGAGAAGAAAAAGGAAAAGCACAAAAAGAAGGAGGAGCUGGAGGACGCCAAGAAAAGCAAAGCCAAGGAACCGCUGCCCAAAAAGGCCAAGAAAAGCAACAGCACCAGCAGCACCUCCAGUAGCAAGAAGGAGGCGGUGGCAGUGAAGAGCAAGGCGCCCCCAGCCUACGAAUCGGAGGAGGAGGAGCGCUGCAAGCCCAUGUCCUACGAGGAGAAACGCCAGCUCAGCCUCGACAUCAACAAACUGCCUGGGGAGAAGCUGGGCCGCGUGGUCCAUAUCAUCCAAUCGCGUGAGCCCUCCCUCAAGAACUCCAACCCUGACGAGAUCGAAAUCGACUUCGAGACCUUGAAACCCUCCACGCUGCGGGAGCUGGAGCGAUACGUCACUUCCUGCCUGCGCAAGAAGAGGAAACCCCCAGCGGAGAAGGUGGACGUGGUGGCGGGCUCCUCGAAGAUGAAGGGUUUCUCCUCCUCGGAGUCGGAGAGCAGCAGCGAGUCCAGCUCCUCCGACAGCGAGGAUUCAGACUCAGGUUAG